AUGAAUAACCAGGCAAAUGAAGUUCAAAUGACUGAUUUGCUUUGGUAUAAAACAGCUGAAUUUAUAGGAUUUGAGGUCUGUGCUCAUCACGUUGGAAUACCAGAAACAGCCUUAAAAUUACAAGUUAUAAACUUUGAUAUAAUUACAUCAAAAAGUGGUAAUGGUUUGAUAGAAAAACGACAUGGUGAUUUACUACCAAAUACAAUAAGAUGCGCGAUAAUUGGAGGAAGUAAUUGUGGUAAAACGAACGCUCUAAUGAGUUUAAUUGUUGAUCCAAAUGUUAUACAAACGGAUUGGUUACAAAAUUUUGAUCUUGGCACGUUUAUUUGCAAAGAUGAACAAACAAGAUCAUCUAAACCAUAUCUCCUUCGUAAGCCAUCUGAACAAAAUGUUCAUUUGACUUGUCAGGUUAUUACAAUUUCAGAAACUCGCAGCGGUAUUGAAAAAUCAAUAGAGCUGAAGCGCUGGCAUAUUCCAAAAUUAAGUAAAUCUACUAUUGACGAUGUAUGUGAUGAAUCUGAUGACUCUAAUAAAUCAAAUGGAAGUGAACAAGAAAAACAAUCAAGAAAAAUUAAGAAAGUUCAACAAACAGCAGCAGGAUACAAUGCACAACAAGCGAUUACAUCUAAAUUCAAGCGAAUAAAUCAUAGAAUCUACAGUAGUGAUGAAGAAGAUUACGAGAAUGAAUUUGAAAAUCCCAGUGAAACAAUGCAGCAACGAAAAAAAACCAAAAUAUCUCCUCGAGAAGUCAUUGAUGCCCAUGUAAAACAUGCUAAAAAAAGUCAAAAUACUGCAGAGAAGUCAAAAUUCUUUUCACCCCUUCCCACUGAGCAAACCAAUAUAUUCAAUCCAAAAAUCACAUCAUCCCCAAAGGACAAGGUUGGCAAAGGUGAUAUGAUUUCACCUCAAGAGAUAUUUCUCAACGAGGAUCCUCUAUCAUUGGAUUAUGAAGAAUGUAAUGAAAAUGAGUCCAAACAAUCCUUAGAAAUAUUGAAUUCAAGCUCGACUGGCAAUUUCUUGGAUGCUGAAAAAUAUGCUCAGUAUUGGAAACAAAAAUAUGACGAUCUUCUGAAGUCCAAGUCAUUUCCAAUAACAGAAAAAACUGGACUAAAACUCAUCGAAAUACUUGAUCGAUUUGUUCUUAUUCGAUAA